UACGUUGGACGAUUCGUAGUCAUUAUUAUUUUUUCAAUUGUACGAACGGCAAGUACGUGAACGUCAAAAUGCGUUACUUAUUGAUAGUGUUGACGGUAAAACUUAGUCUUAUUAUUUUGGCUAAUUUUCAGCUUUUAGGAAAUCCCAAUCCCGUGAGACACGAAAUGCGCGUCGUCAGCUACGAAUUGAUUCAGAACGAUUCGUUUUUCAAUUGGUUACACUUUGAAGUCAAGCAAUUUCGCGAUGUACAAUACGUGCAGUUGAACUUCAGCCUUCGCGUUGUCCUAACACCCUAUCGCGUAGAAGGAGAGUUAAUAAAAUGCAAAGAGUAUUUUAUCGAUUGCGCAGAUCAUCGAUCUUUGGAAUUAAAAAACAUAUGUGCUGGUUUGGACGCAGCAUUUUUUUUUAUUUCAAUAGGUUACAAGAAUCGAGAAAUCAAAUGUCCUUUCAAAGGCGAUUACUUAGUACAAAAUCUGACGUAUUCCAAAAGCGUAAUUCCAAUGGCGUUUGCGCCUACGGAGAAAUGGUGGGAAUACUCGUUCAAAGUGAAAGUCAGGAUUUACGACGCCAACUCGAUGGUGACCAACUUGAAAGGGCAAGCUUACAUUUUGACAUUCCGGAGAAAGAACGGUCAUUGAAUCGCAAGCGAAAACGUUGGCUAUUAGAACAUAAACACAACCCUAUCGUGUAUUAAACUUUACGAUAGACCUGCUCUAUCACUGUAUUGAGAGUCGUUCUCGCUUUUAGUUCUUCUUAAUAAAAAUAUAUAUAUAUUUUC